AUGGAAGAGAGUAAACUCCGUUCGAACACCGGGGAGGCGUGGUCGAGGUGCGCGCAAGUUUUGAAGGAGCACGAUGACGGUCAAGUGAGGGCAUGGAAGGAAGAAAUUGACACCUUGCUUGUGUUCGCCGGUCUUUUCUCUGGAGUGCUUACUGCCUUCAAUGUCCAGUUCUAUGCAUUGCUGCAGCCCGAUGCCACAACCGCCCAAACCGCCAUGCUUCUGCACAUAUCUAUGCAGCUUGGGAAUAGCAAUUUGAAUAGCGGCGAGGUCGCGCAGGCGUCCCGCAGCCAUGCCACGUCACAACUUGAAAUGUUGGCACUUUCAGCCACAGGGACCAGCGUCCCAAUGUCGGCAGUGCGAAUAAACGUUCUCGUGUUCGCGAGCUUAGUCUGCAGUCUGGCCGCAGCUUCCAUGGCCAUCCUCGUCAAGCAAUGGCUCGCCCAGUACACAUACGGCCUCUCCGGCACAUCGCGCGACAGCGCACGGCUGCGGCAGUACCGCGACGACGGUCUCCUCAGAUGGAAAGUGGCGAAGAUCAUCAUGCUGCUCCCCAUGCUGCUGCAGGUCGCGCUGCUGCUCUUCUUCGCCGGCCUCCUGGAAUUCCUGUGGACCCUGCACGAGACCGUCGCCCUCGUCUCGACCGUCUUGGUGGGCAUGCUCGUGCUGUUCUUCGCCAUCACGUUGAUACUCCCCACAAUCUCGCCCGACUGCCCAUACCAGAGCGCGCAAGCCUUUGGGGUGUUUGCGAUGAUCAGCAUCGCGAAGGCCUCCCUGCAGAUCGUCUGCGCCUUUCUCCGCGACAGGCUCGACCCAUGGCUUCUCGGCUCGUCCAUGCGCGCGUAUUGGCGCGCACAUACGUUCCAGUCCCUCUCCAAAUUCAUCCGCGACCCUACGUACUACCGCUGGGAGGACCGCGAGCGCGCGCACAUCCUGAACUCCACCGCCAGGCUGGACGAACGCACGCUCAACACCGUCGAUCGCGUCCUCGCGGACGACGCGUUCCUGGAGGGCGUCAUAUCGCCGUGCAUCAGCGACAUGGCGCCCGGCGAUGCCCUGGCCGUCUUCAAGGGCGCGAUGGCGCGCCGCGCAGAGUACCUCCAGGACGGGCUCGCAACCUGGCACUCGAACGUCGGGAAUAGGUUCAUGGUCACCCUCUCCAUGAUGCACGUCGGGCUCGACAUGCUCGUCAAGAUCGACGAGGACGACAACCCGGACCGCCGGCGGGACGUCUUCCGGAUCGUGACCUCGAUGUGGUAUAGCUGGCAGCGGCCGCCCGUCUUGCAGGCGGCGACGCUCGCGAGGCUGCGUCGUCUCUUGGAAGUGCUCCCUAGCGAGCGGUUCCGGUGGCGGGACCGCUAUUUCCUGUUCUUACAGAUCUACGAAACGCUGAAUCAAGCAGAAAACCCAGGCGACUUCAGUUGGGAAGUCACGACAGCACUUAGCUCUUGUUUACCUUCGUUGCAGACCGCGUCGCCGGAGUACAAGUCAAACUAUCUCUGGUGUCUCUUCGGCGUCGCCCAACUCCUCAUCAAAAUAUGUGUCUCGUGGCGCAUAUCCCCAAGCUCGGACCAUCCUGCAAUCCAUACACUCGCCGAGAUACAGGAACAGGUCAAAUCGGCAGAUUGGUGUAGCGUGCCGCCAUUAUCGCGGUUACGGAUGUUGUCCAUGCUCACUGGGUCUCUGUCUGCGUCGGCAGAGAAGAAAAUCUAUAUUCCACCAGCCACGUUCGUCCAGAUCUUGGCAGAUGCCACGAUUAACUUGGAACCUCCUGGAGAGUCAGAUCAAUGGAUCACAGAACGGGCGUCGCUGGAAAAGGCACUCAAUACCCUCAGGAUAGCCAAACGAUUUUGA